AUUGUCGAGUCUGUUCUCACCACGCGUAGGACAGCUGAUGUGUUGAUGAUAUCUUGGCGUUGUUAAAAUCAGAGGACACAAUGAAAGCAGCCUCUGGACUUAAGGUACAUGUCCUUUUGAUAACCGCAUGCAGCUCGUCCAAGGCCUGAUUUGUGUCGUCACGUGGCGGAAUAUACGCCGCUGUUUCAUCGACAGAUGUAAACUCCCUCUGGAAAUAAUAAAGUCGGCAUCUGAUCAUAAGGUGCUCGAGAGAACAGCCCGAAGAAAUAAUCUCCACAUCUGAGCGCCACAGAUUGUUCACCAUACAACAGACACCUCCCUUGCUCUCCCCCGAGUUUAUUGUCCGGUCCUGGGUGUAUGGAGACCCCCUCGGGAACAAUGGCGGAGUCCGGGAUCGAGCCAAGUCUCCGACAAAACCAUAACGUUACACGAUUUACUGUCCCGUUAGAAAAACACCCGGACUAGGACGCCGGCCCGCGACCCUCGUUUCCUUCGUCGCCUCCGUGCUCCAGUUUUAAACUAGGUGACUCAGACUACCUGGACCUGUGGACACAACUGGAAUCCAACCAGACUGAGUGUCAUCACUUCAACACUGACUCCAGGGGCAGACGGGCCUGAAGGAAGCAGCUGUGCUGACCGUGUUCUUUCUAUUAUGGCAAAGAAGAAAAAUAAAAAACUUUUCUUUAGCUUUUAAAAAAAUCUAAAGUGCAUCAAAUCAGAAAGUAAAAGAUGAACAUUGUUGUGAAAACAGUGUUUAUGUUUUUAACCAACCAUAAUGAAUAUAGAAAUUCACUCAAUAUUAUCCAUGACAGCAUGACUGCCAACUGUAAGCAGUUGAGGGAGGAAGACAUCAAGUGUUGUGCAGAGGAAGCUGGUGAAGGUCAUCCUCAUGUUGACCAGCCUGAAGCUGCCGAUCUCGACAAUGUUGCUGCCGCCAAAGUCGAUGCUGAGGACAUCAGGUACUUUGGAAUACCAUGUCAAGUGGUAAGUAAAUCGCUUGUCUCACAGAUUAAGAAGUGGAGAACCAUGGAAGGCUGUACUAUGGGAGGACAGAGGUGUCUGUACAAGCUGCAGUCUGCCUCUGACCACUUCAUAGCGGCCAAGCACACCAGUCCUUUUAAGAGGUAUGUGGACGAUAUCAACUUCCGGCUGGGCCACUCUUAUUUCUUCACUUGCUGUCAUGUUUCGGCCAUGUCCAUCUCUGAGACCUGGUAUGCCAUUAAAGACCAUGGCACCAACUACUGCAACCUCUACAACCUCAUUGAAGGAAGUGGUCUAACUGAAGCCAGAGGUUAUAAAGAGGUUACCAGUGACUUUGAAUGUACCCAACGCUCCUCUGCCAACUGCAGUGUCUAUUGACUGAAUAUGAAGGAGGACCAGAGACCAUCAUAUCUAGACACAUUCCAUGACAAUUUAGAAAUUUAGAAUUUAUAUUUAAACAGACUCUUCAUAUAUUCUCAGUUACAUAUCAUCAUAUUACAAUUUUGACUAAAUAAACGUUUGUUCCAUGUAUGUAUACAAGUUUUGAUUCUUAUGGGUAGUUUUUUAGCAAAUUUUCUGGCCUUUAAUUUUGAAAGGAUAAAGAGCUAGCUGUGAAAGGGGGCAGAGAGAGAGUGGGGAGGACAUGCAUGUUGGGGCAGCAGCACAACCAGGUCACCCCCUGGUUCUUGAGUGCAUUUGAGUAACUGAUUCGCAAAUAUGAAAUGAUAAAUAAAAUGGACACAUAUACAA